UCUGAACCUCUCACGAAAAAAAUAAUUAACAAUUAUUCUGUAUAUAUUAAAUAUACGUUAUUACAACAACAGGGCAGACUUUAACAGUUUCGAACGACGAUGGCUUCCAUAAACUUCUAUCUCCGAUACUUUGCUAUCUUUUUAUUUGUAUCAAAGCUGUCAUAUGGUUAUCAGUCGUUGCAACGUGUAAUAGAACGAUUAGAUGAUGUGGAAGAAGAGUUGAAGGAAACCAGUCAAGAUCUUCAAGAUCUCAAAGAGGAUUUGAGACGAGAGAGAAGAUACAGACGGGAGGACGUUAAAGAAAUAUUCGAAGUGCUAAAGAAAUUACAGGAAGCAAAUACUACAGGUUCUGUUAAAGAUAUACAAGGACAUGAAGAUGUAAACACAUGCUCAACGUGUAUUGAACAUGAAUCACUAUCAAAAGACAACCUCUUAGUGGUACUGUUAAAUGCGUUCAAGCGGGAAAAACAAAUCAAUGGACAUUUGCAGAACAAACUUUUAAACCUUCAAAACAACCUUAAAGAGACAAUUGCAUUUUUUUCAGAGGAAACUGUAAACAUCAUUGCGGAAGAAAAAUGUUCUCUUCAUACAUUCAGAGAUCGAUUGAACGACAAUGUUACAGUGAUGGUACGUGGUAUUGAAGAAAGACUUAUGUCACAACUAGACCAAGAGAAGACGUCAAUAUGGACAACGAUUUCUGAAGUUAAUGCCGACUUAACGGCAAUAAAUGAUUCAUGCUAUAGUGAAAAUUGGCGAUGCUUUGAAGACAUUUCCAAUCAGACAAAGGGACUAGAUACUUUGCGAGCAAACCGGUUUGAUCAGAUGAAUGGCCGUUCAAAGGCUAUCCCCAAACCUACAUCAUGUGAUCAAGUGAUGUCAAACAAAGGCCAAGUACAUGAUAUUUACUUGCAAGAAAUCAAUCAAACGGUUCCAGUUUUCUGUGACGUGGAUAUAGACGGCGGUGGAUGGAUUGUAUUUCAGAGAAGGAAAUACGGUUCAGAAGAUUUCGACCGUGCAUGGGAAGAUUACAAACUUGGAUUUGGGCACCUGAAGAAUGACUUCUGGUGGGGCAAUGAAAAACUGCAUCUUAUGACAAGGGGAAAGCCAAGGGAGCUCCGCAUUGAUUUGGAGGAUUUCGAUGGAAACGAAGCCUUCGCAAAAUAUUCUUCAUUUCGAAUUCUUUCCGAGGAACAUAACUAUAAGCUUGAAGUGUGUGGAUAUAGCGGCUCGGCAGGCGAUGCGUUGGACUACGAUGGAGAUGAUACAUGGAUUCAUAAUGGACAGGAGUUUUCUACACGUGACAAAGAUAAUGAUAAAGCAUCGGGCUCUUGUGCGAACAUUUAUGAAGGUGGAUGGUGGUUCAAUGAGUGUUUUGGUGCUUUUUUAAAUGGAAAAUAUUUUAUAAAUGGACAGAGACAGGGCAGAGACAGGUGGCAAGGUAUUCUCUGGCAUCCAUUCAGCAUAAAGUCGUCCCUGAAGUUUGCUGAAAUGAAGAUCCGAUGAAAGGAGCGACACAGUCCAACGAACUUAAAAUAAUUACAUGGUUAAUUUAACUGUUCAGUCGAGCCCCGUUGGCUCGAACUCGCUUGGUUCGAUAUCUCUGUUGGUUAAAACUGGAUGUUAAGAACCGAUUUUCUUCUUCUACGGAAUAUAACUCAGUUUCAAUUUAUCUUCGGUGAUUGUAUUCAUCUUGGUCUACGGGUGACUUCCGCAGUUUAUUUGUGACACCUUAAUCAGAGGGAUAAAAGAGACUAACUUCAAAGUGAAUGCAAAUGUCUAGCAGAAAAGUGAAAUAGAAUGCUUUACAUAAGUUUCUUUCGGUCCGUUUUUUAGUUAUUCCUAAAACGUGGCCAAAUUAUGGCACAACCGUGGCCGAUCUCCGAAACGACCCCACCAUCGUGGCUAUACAGAGAUUAUAACAUACCACAAAUCCCAAUCCUUAUGAAUAGAUUGAGUAUUUUGGAUUGAAGCUGAAUUAAUACAUUGAUUAGUAUAUUUAUUUUAAGGUACCUCUUAAAACAAAUAAAUGUACCGCAAAUAAACAGACUUUCCCAAAUAUACAGCAUUUUAAAACUGAAUGUUCUCAAUUUUGAUUUCACGUUUAGUCCUGAACUUAAACAUCACUGGGUGUAAGUAGAGGGGCCGGGCCUCUCCCCUAACAGCGGAUUGGCUGCAUUUUAGUUAUUAAUCAUUGUUUAAAAAAAAUAAUACCUCUCUUGAAAGAUGACCAUGACUGUAGCCAAUUUGCGACUCUAAUCUUUGAUCUCAAAUCUAUAGAGAUCUACAGGUCAUGACCAACCUUCCCACCAAGUUUGAAGACAUCAGGUCCAAGCGUACUCUUUAUCUUGGUCGGACUAGGUUUUUGUGUUCAAGGUCACUGUGACUUUGACAUGCUGGUCUCCAUAUCAUUAUGGGUCACCUGCAGGUUAUGAGCAACCUCCCUGCCAAGUUUGAGGACAUUAUGCCCAAGUAAGCAAUAGUCAUCACCAGACAAUCAGUUGUGUUUAAUGUCAACGUGACCUGAGCAUGACCAAACUUCCAUCAAGGACUAAGCGGUAGCUACCAGUUUUUCUCAGUCAUUUACUUUGUAGACAAUUGGAUGCUUUGUCACCACAAACUCUUUGAAGUAAGCUUAUACUACUAACAUUAAUACAAAUGAAUGGACACUUCAAAAGUCAAGUACAUUACUUUUCAAAACUUCAAUCUAGGAGGUAAAUUUAUAUCGUGAACAAACAAAUGCUGUCACCUAGGAAUUUGAUUUCAACAUUUUUACUUUAAGAGUUGUUUAUGUUUGUCGCACAAAAAUCGGUAUA